AUGAGUCCAAGCUGUCCCAGCUCACUCGCCAGGCAGAUACAGCCCAGUCCCAAGCUCCUUCCCGGCCUCUUGCUUCUGCUCUGGCUGCCCGCCAGCCCAGCCCGCCGUGGCCCCCAGCUCUGGGGGGGAGCCCACCCCCACGGGACCCCACGCUGCUAUUCGGCCGAGGAGCUGCCCCUGGGCCAGGCCCCGCCACACCUGCUGGCUCGAGCCGCCAAGUGGGAACAGACUCUGCCCGUAGCCCUGGUGGCCAGCCUGGAGGCGGAGGGCCACAGAAGGCGGCAUGACAGGCCCCCAGCUGGGACCCAGUGCCCGGUGCUGCGGCCUGAGGAGGUAUUGGAAGCCGACAUUCACCAGCGCUCCAUCUCGCCCUGGAGAUACCGCGUGGACACCGAUGAGAGCCGCUACCCGCAGAAGCUGGCCUUCGCCCAGUGCCUGUGCCGGGGCUGCAUCAGCGCCAGGACGGGCCGAGAGACGGCCGCGCUCAACUCCGUGCCGCUGCAGCAGACGCUGCUGGUGCUCCGACGCCAGCCCUGCUCGCGCGAUGCCACGGGGCUGCCCACGCCCGGGGCCUUCUCCUUCCACGCGGAGUUCAUCCGCGUGCCCGUGGGCUGCACCUGCGUCCUGCCCAGGUCGGCACAGUGA